CUCGAUAGUGUAUUAUACUCUACGUGUGUAGGGAAGUCCGGGGAAAUCUGUAGUGCUUUGCUUUGAAACUUUAUUAUUUUUGAAAAUGUGGGCAGACACGUUGUUGAUAUUAUUUAUUUCAAUUUGUACAGCUCUAUUAGGAGAAGGUCUCACUUGGGUGAUGGUGUACAGGACUGAGAAGUAUCAGAAACUAAAGGCUGAAGUGGAAAGGCAGAGCAAAAAAUUGGAGAAGAGGAAAGAAGCCCACGGAGACUCGCUGGACAAACAGCACAAGAAGAAGAUAGAGCGGGAAGAAGAGAAGCUGAAGAACAACAACCGUGAUCUGUCGCUAGUGAAGAUGAAGUCGAUGUUUGCCAUUGGCUUUGCGUUCACAGCUCUCCUGAGCAUGUUCAACAGCAUCUUUGAUGGGCGUGUGGUAGCGCAACUGCCAUUUGUGCCAAUCUCGUGGAUACAAGGACUGUCACACCGCAACCUGCCCGGAGAUGACUACACAGAAUGCUCCUUCAUAUUCCUGUACAUUCUCUGCACCAUGUCCAUCCGGCAGAACAUACAGAAGAUGCUGGGAUUUGCUCCGUCACGGACGGCCAAUAAGCAGAGCGGCAGCAUAUUCGGACCUCCGCCUCAGCAGUUCAAGUGAACGCUCUCGCAGCCAUCGUGCUCCCGUUUAUUUAUUGUGUUGAGUUUGUACUCUGGAUUUAUUUAUCAUGUUAAGUUUUUAAUUGUGACAUUAAAAUAUGGAAAGUGGGGUGCUAA